AUGGCUGAUGAGAAGACCUUCCGCAUUGGCUUCAUUGUGCUGGGGCUGUUCCUGCUGUCCCUCGGCACCUUCCUCAUGAGCCACGACCGACCCCAGGUCUACGGCACCUUCUACGCCAUGGGCAGUGUCAUGGUGAUGGGAGGCGUUAUCUGGAGCAUGUGCCAGUGCUACCCCAAGAUUGCCUUCGUACCCGCGGACUCUGACUUCCAAGGCAUCCUAUCCCCGAAGCCCCUGGGCCUGUUGGAGAAUGGGCUUGCCACAGAGGUGAAGAGCCCCCAGGCCCCCUACGUCAGGCUGUGGGAGGAGGCGGCCUACGACCAGAGCCUGCCUGACUUCAGCCAUAUCCAGAUGAAGGUCCUGGGCCAUAGCGAGGAUCCUCGCCCAUUGCUGGCCCCUGAGACACAGCCAAGAACCAGCGAUGGAGAAGCAGGUGGCCCGCAGGAUGCCCAGGCCUGGGUGGAGGCCGCUGUGGUCGUCCACAGGGGCUUGGAUGAGAAUGAGGAGGAAAGACACCGAACUCAGAACAGCUCCCCAGCCUGUCCCCAGGGCCCUGCGCCCUUGGCCUCCUUCCAAGAUGACCUGGACUUGGGCUCCAGUGAAGGUAGCAGCCCCAACCCAUCUCCACCUGCUGGGGAGGAACCUCACCCCCUAGCACAGAAGCACCGGGCCUGCAGGAGCACACGGGGCCGCUUCUAUGACUUUGCCUUAAUUGAUGAUGCUUCUGUGUCAGAGGAUGGGCCCCGAGAGGGGCAGCAGUGGGAGACAGCCCUGCCCAGCAACAGCUGGCAUCAGUACCCAAGGACAAAGGAGGUGGAGGAGGAGAAGGCUGUAGAAGCAGGUGUGGAGGAGCCCGAGGAGGAAGAGGAAGACUUGUACUACGGACUGCCAGACAGCCCCGGGGACCCCCUCCCCGACAAAGAACUGGGCUUUGAGCCAGAUGCCCAGGGCUAA